AUGUCUGCAGACCCACUCGCGAUUCCAGAAAUCUUGACUCGUGUCGGUUACUUUUUGCCAUUAUGGGUACCUCGCUCGGAGCACAUUCCCGUCUUCAUCCCCUUCCUCGACAAACCCCGAACCUUCCUCAACUAUAUGCUCGUCUCAAAACUCUGGUACCAGGUCAUGGUCCCCAUCCUGUGGCGCACGUGCCUCCACGCUCGACUUACUGCCGUCCCCGCGGCGACCCUCGAGCGCUUUCUUCCUCAUAUCAGGUUCUUGGAAGCUUACGCCAGCGCCCCUCUGGUGAUCAUACAAUGCACCCGACUAAUUGAACUCACUAUUGCGAUGGACUUGCUUUUUGGAUCAUCCGUUGUCCAGACCGUGAAUGUCUACAGAGGAUUUGUGCGCGCCAACCCUGGCUUGAGGGCGCUCUCGUGGGAUGGGAUGGUUUAUAAGGCAAAAUCGACGCUUGACCCUGAGGAUUUUACGAGAUUGAGUCGACUGGAGUCACUGACGCUUUUGAGGUGGUGUGGGUUUGCAGGAGACUUGGCGCGUAUUCUGAAGCCUGUUGCUGGAUCGCUUACUACCCUGAAACUACACCACCUAGUGGGGGUCAGUGGGGCGGAUCUUAUUGCAAUGGACCAGUAUGGUUCGAGCGAGGGUAUUGACAGAGGCAGCAACAACAGUAGCAGCAAAUUGGGCGUCGGCGUUCAUGGACUGAAGCUUCCCACGACCUCCUUAUGUUUCCCUGUUCUAACAAGCCUUUCGUUCGAGAUGUCAGGUGGCAUACGGCUGGACUUGCUGAUCCGAUGUUGUCCCAACCUGGAAUCUCUCGACUUUUACAUAUCUGAAGAGACCGAUAUCGAUCCAAUUGCCCAGAUGAUCCGAUCCUCAUGCCCCAAGUUGCGAUCCUUGAAUGCCCGGUCGGAGAUGUCGCCAGUUCGUGGGCUAUCGCUGAUGCGAGACUAUCCGUCGACGCCGGGCCUGCAACACCUCAGGCUCUCCUUGGGUCGAUACAGAUGCGAGAUUGGCUUGGAGAUUCUCUCCCUCUUUAACACACUCAAGUCCUUGGAUCUUUCGAUUCGUUUUUGCGAGGGUUCGACUGCUGAUCUUGUCCUGGGACUAUUGAGGACUUGCGAGGGUCUCGAGUUACUGGAAGUGGCGAUUCAGACGUACAUGGGGCGCGACAUUUUGCUAGAUCUUGCGAAACACCCUUGGAUGUGCCAAGGCAAAGCUUCAAGAUAUCAUGGCUUUGAACGUGAUGUCGAGCACCAUGCCAGCGAUGGGUUGGUUGCAGGGACCGGGACGUUGCCAGGACCUGGAGUACCAAAGAUGACUGCCACCAAGACCAACCGCCUUUUCACCUUGACCGCUGCUGCAUUCCUCGCCGAUUGCUCUGAGUGCUUCUUCUACCAGUGCCGCCCCGGUUCCGGCCCCUGA